AUGGCCGCGAAACGAUUCAUCCGAGGUUUGACGUCGCCUUGGAGUCUGGGAUUCUCGGGAUUCGGUCUCGCUUACGGUCUCUACCACAUCUGGGAGUUCGUUUUGAAUCUUCUGCAAAUCCUGUGAAAUUGAAAGAAGCAUUCAAAAUACAUUUUAGCCGUUAGUCUGCGAGAGAAAUGAACAGAUGAUUGUCUUCUGAACUUCUUGUCUUUCUAAACAAGCGGAGAAAAUUCUGAACUGAUUUGCGUGAUUUUUUGGCUUGAGGAGUUAUCAAAUUCAGAAAUUUCUGAAAUACUGUAUAAACAGAAGAAGUUCAGCUCGACGCAGUCUGGAACCAAAUACGAUUUGUAUGAAGAUCUCGCCGGCAAAACUUAUAUCGUCACAGGUGCCACUUCCGGCAUUGGACAGGUGAGAAUUCAUUUAAAUACGUACAGUUAUUUUCGAACAUUUUCAGGCCACCGCCGAAGAACUGGCUAAACGAAAUGCACGUGUUAUCAUGGCUUGCAGGUUUUCAUUUCGAAACUUUUUUGUUUUCAAUCUGAAGGCUUUAUUUUUUUUAAAAAAAUUGUCAAAGAUAUCAGAUUCGCUCUAAAACAUGAAAGCUCGGCUUUUUUUUUUAACUCAGAGACAAUCACCAAGGGGAGCCCUUGAGAAAACGCUGAAAAUUUUUUCACUUUUUUUUGAAAAUUGUUAAGAUUUAACUAAAUUCUGCGUGAGCUCUUCACCAAAAAGUCUCUUGAAACACUGAAUUCUUUUCUAUUUUUUUGAAAAAAAUGUUCCAAUGAUCUUCCUUGGACUGUGCUCUCAAAAGUCCAAUAAAUCUUAUAAUUUUGCGCGGAUUUACUAAGAUACUAAAAUCCAAACACCAAGUUCCUCUCUUUUAAAAGAAAUGUUAUCGUCUCUGAAUAGAUUCUUAGAAUAAAUGAAUAUCAUGGGGGCCUCUGAAAGGAGUUGAUGAGAAGAAAGAACAGCUAGAAAAGAUGGUAGAAAAGCUAAACUGAAAAAGUUUUUUGAAAAAUGUUUGUUCAAACAUUUUAUAUGUUUUUAAAAGAAUUUUUUCAAGUACCAUUCUGCAGAAACCGAGACAAAUGUGUGCAGGUUCGGCGCGACAUCGUCCUCAGCACUAGGAACAAACAGGUCGCUCUUUCUCCUUCCUUUUUGGAAGGAUCGUCUUUUUGCAGGUUUAUUGCCGCCAAUGCGAUUUGGAGGACUUUGACAGCAUCAGAGCCUUCGUGCAGAAACUCAGCAAAGGUUUUGCGCUUUCUUUUCCGUUUUUGACUCACUUUUUUGCAGGAAAGUUCGAGCUGGACAGGAUCGAUGGAGUUGUUCACAAUGCGGCCACGAUGAGUGGCGAACGACAGGUCAACAAGGUAAAUUCGGAAAAAAAACCUUUGGAGAUGGAAUUCACGGAAAAGGACAACAUUUACAGUUCUGAGUUUAAAAUUUUCUCAACUAUACAUUUAAAUAUUUGUUUUAAAUUUCAAACUGGCCUGAUUAAUGGAAUAUUUCAGACGUGCAAUAACACAAGCACCUUAUCAAUUCACAAAAUUUUAUUUUAAAAAACUUUACAGAAAAUUGAAGGAGGGCGAAAAUUUAUAAGAAAAAAAAAUGAAAGGACAGAAAAUUGAAAAAGAAUGAAUAUUUAAUCUUCUUCUGUCAGGAAGGGAUCGAAAAAACGUUGGCGGUGAACCACCUAGGAAGCUUCCUGCUGACGGGCCUCAUCAUGGAGAAACUUCUGGCGCAGACGAAUCCCGUCCGCAUCGUCUUCCUCAACUCGAACGUCAUCGACCGAAACUGCGACAUCAACUUCGACGAUCUCAACGCCGAGCACAUGAAGAAGUACGACGGCUACGACGUCUACAAACACAGCAAACUGGCCGCCGCGCUUUUCGCCCGCGAACUUUCCGACAGAACCAAAGGUUUAGUAACAAUGAUACAUUUAUCCUCGUGUCAUCGAAGUAAGAGUUCAAACUAAAAACAGGUUAGUAUUUAUCCAUAAAAAUGCAUCUAUUUGCUAUUUGAAACAAAACAUUCGAAUUAUCGCAUUUUUUAGGAACAAAUGUAUCGGUUUUGGUCGCCGACCCGGGACGAACAAAGUCGAAUCUUUCUGCUCAAAUGGACGGCCAGACCUUCUUCCUCAGCCGAUGGCUUCUCAAAAUUGUCAGGUCGGUAAUGUUGAAUUUCUUCUCAAAAAAUUCAUCAUUUUUUUUUCAUAAAUAGUUAUUCAGCUGAAGAAAAAUAAGCUCUCACCACAAAACUCACAAGAUAUUAAUAAUUGAAAAUAAACUCGAAAAGAUUGAAAAUUAUUGGAAGUUUCUGAAAUUUGUUCGGUAGUUAGUACUUUUUAGCAGAAGGUUUUGAAGAGAUGUGAGUUGCCAAAAAUCAAGGGAAUGUUUAAAAAAUUAGCAGUUCUCAUACUUAAAAGCUCCAGCAAAGUUUUCAACGCGCCGAUUAGAAGGAGUUAGAAAAAUUAGCAUAACUGUAGUCUUUUUUUUAAUUACUACGUAUGAUUUUUUUUAAUUAGCAAAAUUUAAAUUUUUGUAAGACCAGCCAAAAUAACAAGAAAUUACUUUCUUGCAGUUUUGGCAUGGGCGAAAGAAGGACGGAAAAAGCGGUUCGGCCGGUCUUGUAUGCGUUGGCGGAUCCGGAGACUGCUGGAGAAUCAGGCAUUUUCAUCGAGUUUUUAUCUCAUUUCAAGACGAAAUACAUAUUUUUUUUUCCAGUCGUGAGAGGAAAUCCCAGCCGUGGAACGAGGUAGUUUUGGACAAUUUGAAGCGCGAAAAACUCUGGAAUAUCAGCGAAGCCUGGACACAUUUUGCUGCUCAUUUGAAACAGGUAUCCUUCUACUUUUGUAAGAAAAUUAAGGGGUUUAGAAACAUAGUUCCGUAAAUAAUGUCAUGAUAGAGGAACAAGAAAAGUAUUAAAUAUCAUAAACAGAAUUGUUCAACAACCGUUUCUUUCAGUUGAAAGAAGACCUCGGAGAAGCAGCUUCAGCAAUGUCCGACUCUCCGGAAGCCGCUUCCACGAUCACGAGAACCAAAACUUGGAAAACCCUUUGGCUGUAA